AUGUCUGUUAGUAAUGAUAAUACGAAUAACAACACGUGUGUUGUGUGUUACAAAAAUGUUGAUAUUUAUAGUAUUGGUAUGUGCGAACACCCUGUGUGUUAUGAAUGUAGCACACGAAUGAGGGUGCUCUGCUGUCAAAAUGAGUGCCCCAUUUGUCGUCAAGAUUUACCAAAAGUUGUAUUUACAAAGGAGAUUAAACCUUUUCGUUAUCUACAUAAAGGCAACUUAUUGGACACACGAUACCAUAUUUAUUUUAAUACAACUGAUAUUCAAAAUAAAUUUUAUGAUUUAUUGGCUAACAGCUGCAAUAUUUGUAAAGAGAAACCUAUGUUUAAUAAUUUUAACAGUUUGAAAGAUCAUAUGAGACAUCAACAUGAGCUGCAUUACUGUGAUCUCUGUGUUGAAAAUUUAAAGAUAUUUUCUCAUGAAAGACGUUAUUAUACAAGGCCUGAUCUUGCACAGCAUAGAAGGAAGGGUGAUAUUGACGACAAAAGUCAUAAAGGACAUCCAUUAUGUGAAUUUUGUGAUCAGCGUUACAUGGAUAAUGACGAAUUAUUUCGGCACUUACGACGCGAUCAUUUGUAUUGCCAUUUUUGCGAUGCAGAUGGUUUACAUCAGUAUUACAGCUCUUAUGAUUAUCUCAGAGAUCAUUUCAGACAAGAACAUUUUUUGUGCGAAGAAGGAAUGUGUUCUGAGGAGAAAUUUACAAGCGUCUUUAGGACUGAUAUAGAUCUUAAAGCACAUAAGGCGAGUGUUCAUAGUAAACAAUUGAGCAAGGCUGCCGCAAAACAAGCAAGAACAUUAGAGUUAGAAUUUACUCUAGCUCCACGUGGUGAUAAUCGAAUGAAUAGGAGAGGAAUGUUAGGUGCCUCAUCUUCCAGGAGUUCAAGAGAUUAUGGCAGUAGAGAUUAUAAUCUCAGGGAAUACCAACAUACAAUAACGCCAAACACUUCAAAUAUAUUUGUAUCAAAUAACGCACCUACUUUUGUACGUCAGCCAUCUGUAGAUGUACAGAGUACCGAGGAAUUUCCAACACUGGGUAACACUGCACCUAUUGUACCUAACUUAACCCAAAGUAAAAGUAGAGGAAAUGUAACAAUUCGUAGUACUAUAAGACCACAGCCUCUUGCUGUUACGGAUGAAAAUUUCCCUGCAUUGGGAUUAGAAACAGCAAGCACAAGUAUUUCUAAAACUGUUAAUUUCAGUGUAUCCAGUGGUAAUGCUUCAGGAUCAAGUAUGCAACCACAAAAGAGUACAACUUCCAAUGUAUCUAUUCAAGUAAAUCAUGAACCAAAUGGAACUGUCACUACAAAAGUUUCAGGUCCUAAUAUUAGAAUUCGUCCAACACAACGUUCAAUGGAAUCUGACUUCCCUGCAUUAGGUGUUGUAGAACCGUCGACUAGCAAUUCAAAUUCAGCUCAUUGGAAGGAAGUUUUACAAUGGACCUGUUCCAAGUCAGCAUCAGUGUCUGUACCAAAGCCUAAAAAGGUUGCAUCACCGUCGUUAGUAUCUUCCUCAGUACCUCAAUCUGGGGAAGAUUUUCCUACAUUAUCAAAGACAUCCAAAUCGAAGAAGCAAUCAGUAAUCACGGUAGUACCUUCUUGGGUUCAACCACAAAGUUCUAAUAACAGUAACAAUGUGAAAUCAACUACUGAUAUAACAAAAGGGAAAACAAAAAAGAAAAAAGUUAAACAAAAUUGUAAUAACAAUAGUACCAACGGCAAUGACACUAACAGUUCAAGAAUGAAUAUAAGUACUGUUGUUGUAAGGAAAGAUUGUGAAACGUCUAAAAUAUCGAAAAGUUCAUGUGAUAUGCAUAGCAUGGACAGUGUACAGUCAAGUUCUCAGUUUAUGCAGAAUACGGAUAACGUGAGUAAUAGUGAAAAUACAUCGAAAAAUAUAAAUGUGCAACAUUCAAAGGAGAUGGAGCAAAUUAAUAAAAAGGAUAAGAAAAAACAUAAAAAUUUGGAUAACGAAACAAAUGUAAAUACAGUUACAGCUAAUAAUACUUCUAAUGGAGUACAGAGGAAACGUACCGAAUUAAAGAUAGAUAGCUUAAAUUCUACUAACAGAAAUGUUCGUCAUUUAGAAGAAUUCCCAGCUUUAAGUAGCAGCAGUUCCAAGCCACCUGGUUUUACAAACCCCCCGCCUGGUUUUGGGACAACAACUCCUCCACCUCCCGGUUUUUGUAUAAAAUACAAUAGUGAAGAUAAACUUAACAGCAGUAAUGGAUUAACUUUCACAAACAGUUCUGGAGAGAAUUAUUCUAUUUUGCCAGAUAAUAGUAAGCACAAUAGUGCGUACAAUUAUGUACCUCCCCCGGACUUUCAAAAACGGAACAAAUGCCUUGUGGCCAAAGUCAAUGAAGUUUUGGUACAACAAGACCAGAUCGAGGAAUUUCGAUACAUAAGCGGAUUGUUUCGCCAAGGGACAUGUAACGCGCAAGAAUAUUACAUGCAUUGCCGUGACGUUAUGGGUCUUAGCGCAUUUGAAAUUGUAUUUCCAGAGCUUCUAGUUUUACUGCCUGAUAUUGUAAAGCAGCAAGAAUUAUUUAAAGUUCACAAAAAGGAAAGUGGCAAUAGGAUUAAAGGUUUAGAAAUUUGUGCGACCUGCAGUCAAGUUUUGAAGAAUGGUCCUGAUUUAAGAGCACAUACGACUAGUCAUACAUUGGAAAAUCAUUUUCCAGCACUUGGGAAAACCAAUGCACCGCUUCAAAAGAAUUCUUGGGUGCGUAAAUGAGUAUAAAUGUGUUCCUUUAGUUAACUUACAUAUUUUGCCAAGUCUCUGUAAGAUAUGAAUAAAGGAACUAUGCUGAAUAAAUUAUUUUUGUGGAUGACGUCAUUGUAAGAUAAUCGCAAUUAACUUGAGGUUAAAACAUAUGGUACAUAUUCCAACUAUCAAUCCUACAAUUAGUAUUAAAAGUUAGUUUGAACAAAUUAAUUGUAAUAUUAUAAUUCAUAUUUGUUCAAUAACUUUGUGUGAUUACUGCCUAAAAUGAAAAAGAUUUGUUAUCAAACGGUUGUACUAAUAAUUUUAUGAAAUACAAAUGUAGUAAAGAAAGUCAAUAAGUCGCUGUAUAAAAAUAAAGUUUGUGUAAAUUAAUUUAAAUGAUCUAACACUUGUGACAUAUUAUGAAUAAGAUAUUCGUAAGUAAAUCUUUUACUAAAAUGUUUUAAUCAGUGCCCUGUUUCGCCAUACGUUAAAAUUACUCUGUACAUAUUAAUUAUAAGUAGAGAACGCAUUGCUAUAAUUUUUUCAUUGUGUUUUACGGAAUAAAAAUGGAACAGAAUUUGAUGGUGAAGAAGAAUAACACCACGUAUUAACA